AGGAGAAAGUCUGGGUUCCUUCUCCCUCCCCUUUUGCUUCCACCUGGCUCCGCCCCAACUUCACCACGCUCCCUUCCCCCCAAGGACGGUCAGAAGGGAAGCAGUCGCCCGGGAAAGCUGCAGACUACAGGGUGGAUCAUGAAGCAAGAUGAACAUCUUCAGGCCAAGACUCUGGGGAUUGGCAAAGCCAUUGCUGUGCUCACCUCUGGGGGAGAUGCCCAAGGUAUGAAUGCUGCUGUCCGAGCUGUGGUGCGUGUUGGGAUCUAUACUGGAGCAAAGGUUUUCUUUGUCCAUGAGGGUUAUCAAGGUCUGGUGGAUGGAGGAGAUAACAUCAAGGAGGCUGACUGGGAAAGUGUUUCCAUGAUCGUACAGCUGGGAGGCACAGUGAUAGGCAGUGCCCGGUGCAAAGAUUUCCUAGAACGUCCAGGCAGACUUCAAGCUGCCUGCAACCUUGUGAAACUUGGGAUCACCAAUCUAUGUGUCAUCGGAGGUGAUGGCAGCCUGACUGGAGCAGAUACUUUCCGGGCUGAAUGGAGUAGCCUGUUGGAUGAGUUACAGAAAAAUGGCAAAAUCACAGCAGAAGAGGCCGAACGGUCCAGCUACCUGAAUAUUGUGGGUUUGGUUGGCUCCAUUGACAAUGACUUCUGUGGCACAGACAUGACCAUUGGUACUGAUUCUGCCCUACACCGUAUUAUAGAGAUUGUGGAUGCCAUCACCACCACGGCCCAAAGUCACCAGAGGACUUUUGUAUUGGAGGUGAUGGGACGGCAUUGUGGAUAUCUUGCCCUGAUCACCUCUAUUGCCUGUGGUGCUGACUGGGUUUUUGUUCCCGAGUGUCCACCAGAUGAUGAUUGGGAGGAUCACCUUUGCCGCCGGCUCACUGAGACAAGGUGCCGGGGUUCCCGUCUCAACAUCAUCAUUGUGGCAGAAGGAGCAAUUGACAAGCAAGGGAAACCCAUCACUUCUGAGAGCAUCAAGAAUCUGGUGAUGAAGCGCUUGGGCUAUGAUACACGUGUCACCGUUCUCGGUCACGUGCAACGGGGUGGUACGCCCUCAGCCUUUGACCGAAUUCUGGGUAGCAGAAUGGGGAUGGAGGCUGUGAUGGCAUUAUUGGAGGGAACACCAGACACCCCUGCUUGUGUAGUAACCCUUUCUGGUAACCAGGCUGUGCGACUACCACUCAUGGAAUGUGUCCAGGUGACCAAAGAUGUGACUAAGGCAAUGCAAAAUAAGAAGUUUGAGGAAGCCAUGAAGCUGAGAGGCAGGAGCUUCCAGAACAAUUGGAAUGUAUACAAGAUGCUAGCUCACAUCAAACCUCCAGUGGUCAGCCAGGGUUUGAAUGUAGUGGCUGUGAUGAAUGUAGGAGCCCCAGCUGCAGGUAUGAAUGCAGCUGUUCGUUCUGCUGUGAGAAUUGGGCUCAUCCAGGGCAGCAAAGUGCUGGUUAUACAUGACGGCUUCGAGGGGCUGGCCAAGGGUCAGAUUGAAGAAGUUGGCUGGACCUAUGUUGGAGGCUGGACUGGGCAAGGUGGCUCUAAACUUGGAACCAAGAGGACUCUGCCUAAGAAGCUCUUUAAGGAGAUUGGUGCUAACAUCACCAGAUUUAAAAUCCAAGGCCUGGUCAUCAUUGGAGGCUUUGAGGCUUACACGGGGGCUCUGGAAUUGAUGGAGGGCCGAGGACAGUUCGAGGAGCUCUGUAUCCCAUAUGUAGUCAUUCCUGCUACUGUCUCCAACAAUGUCCCUGGUUCUGACUUCAGCAUUGGGGCUGAUACAGCACUCAAUGCCAUCUGCAUGACUUGUGACCGACUCAAGCAGUCAGCAGAAGGCACCAAGCGACGUGUGUUCAUCAUUGAGACCAUGGGUGGUUAUUGUGGCUACCUGGCUACCAUGGCAGGGCUAGCAGCUGGGGCUGAUGCUGCUUACAUCUUUGAAGAGCCCUUCAAUAUCCAUGACUUGCAGGCAAAUGUUGAGCAUCUGGUGCAAAAGAUGAAGACAACAGUGAAGCGGGGAUUGAUCGUAAGGAAUGAGAAGUGCAAUGAAAAUUAUACCACUGAUUUUAUCUUCAACCUGUACUCGGAGGAAGGAAAAGGCAUCUUUGAUAGCAGGAAGAAUGUGCUGGGCCACAUGCAGCAGGGUGGAAGUCCAAGUCCAUUUGACAGAAACUUUGCCACUAAGAUGGGAGCCAAGGCUAUGGGCUGGAUAGCAACAAAAAUCAAAGAGAGUACUCGUAAUGGGCGUGUUUUUGCCAAUUCACCUGAUUCAGCAUGUGUACUGGGGAUGCGUAAGAGGGCCUUAGUCUUCCAACCACUGUCUGAUCUAAAAGAAGAAACAGACUUUGAGCACAGGAUCCCCAAGGAGCAAUGGUGGAUGAAGAUUCGGCCUCUCCUCAAAAUUCUGGCCAAAUAUGAUACUGACCUGGACACUACAGAACAUGCCCACUUGGAACAUGUCAUGCGCAUGCGUGUGUCUGUGGAACCUACAAGCCCCUGAGUGGAUAGGGAAAGGAGCUGGAAGUAUUCAGCUCAUUCUCUGGCUAAUCUAUGUCUAGACUCCUUAUCCUUGAAUUCUCAGUGUUUUAGUUCCUCAUUAAAUUUUACCUCAUCCUAUAACUAACUGAAGCCACAAACAAGUGACUCAAUCAAGAGAUAGAGGCAAUGGCAAGUUGGGUAGCUUCUACCCCACUUUUGUCUGUUGCUUCACACAGGUUUCCUUGCCAGAUUUCAAUCACUCGGUUAUCAAUUUCCUAAGAACAAGUUUUAUUUAUUUCCCUGUUUGUAAUAUGAACAAAAUCAUUGUGGUUUCCAUCUUGCUUCUGUUGCAGUGGCAAAUGCUGUAGGUACAGUAAUAAAUGCCAGUGUCAUUGUG